AGGCCGUUAAUUCCGCUCCCAACUGUUGCUGGGGCUCAGCCCCGAUCCGGCUCGGAGCUCUGUGCUCAUAUAAGCUUAAACCUGACUCAUACAAUACACGCUUAUAAAAAUUCGGGCGGCGAGCCUCGCCCGCGCUCUCUCACCCCGAAGAAAGGACAGGAGAGAGGCAUGUGAGGCGUCCUCAAUAACUAUCAUCUAUCGACUCGUUUUGACUUGCGUGACCUCACCAACCGAUACCCACUUGCCGGUGGCAGCGCUGCAAGAUGAGGUCAACCGCACAUUCCGCCCUUAAGCUCCUGGCGCUUCUCGCCGUCGCCGGCGCCGUCCCCGCCGUUCUCGCCCACGGUGACGGCCACGGGACGGACAUGGACAUGGCCAUGAGCAAGGAGGAACCGAAGCCCGAUCCGGACUCAUACCCGCCGACUUACUUUUCUCACCCCGAACAUGUAGUCGAGAUAUAUGCGCACAUCGCAUUGAUGGUCGUUGGCUGGGUGAUUUUGCUGCCAACAGCCGUCAUGUUUUCGAUCGCGAAAUCGCGAUACACACUCGCGACCCAGUUCGUCUUCCUCGUUACCAACGCGCUUGGCCUCUUGUUGGGCAUGACCUAUAACGCGAACACACCCGAUUUGUAUCCCAACAAUGCGCACCAUAAGCUGGGUUGGAUCGUCACUUUUGUCGUGAGUGCGCAGGUCGUAGUCAGUCUCAUCGGCCGCGUGGCAGGCGUGAUGAGUAAGAAGGCCGCGCAGGGACACCUCAAGGAAGAAGAAGAAGAACAGGCAUUUAUCCCAGUUUCGACCGCGGCUAUGGCCGAGCACCAGCGUCUCAGCAAUGCUCUAUACUCGAGUCCAUACCGACACUCCAAUGACAGUGGCCAAGGCACUGAGCCGCAUACCGAGUCUCUGCGAAGCAACUCGAUAUCGACAGCGAUUGGUCAGGAAUCGCCCAUCGAGCUGGGUACGCGCAGAACGCAAUACGAAGACGAUGACGACGCGCUCCAUUUCAAGUCCGCGAGGAUGCUCUCGUCGAACCGCGCUAGUUCGCUCAUCACUAAAGUUGCUAGCAAGAUCUCUAACAGGGUGUGGGGGGUCCUGUUGUUCGGCUACAACUUCGUCGACAGAACCAUCCUCAUUUUGGGCUACAUCACUUUGUGCACCGGCCUCAUCGCAUUCGCGCGAUUCUUCGAGGGACAUGGUAUAUUUAGUGGUUUGGCUCAUUGGAUCAAAGGCGGCAUCUUCUUCUGGUACGGCCUCUUGACUCUAGGGAGGUGGUCGGGUUGCUUCGGUGAGCUGGGUUGGGCAUGGAAUGUUCGCCCGAAGCAGAGCUCCCAGAAAUGGAGGCCCACCGCAGAAUUCACUGAGGGUGCACUCAUCUUCACGUACGGAUCGACCAACAUCUUCCUCGAGCAUCUCGGCAAUGCCGGCCAGGACUUCAGCCCGCAAGACCUAGAGCACAUCUCUAUUACCGUUCUCUUCAUCGGAGGGGGUCUGCUGGCGAUGUUAAUCGAGUCCACUCGUAUCCGCGAGCUGUUGAACACUACCGUGUACGAUGCGGCGCUUUCGCACCCCGAUCACGCUUACAGCGACGAGGAACGUGAUGCGUUACAGCCGCCGAAACAAUACGAGUUUUCCAUCAACCCCAUUCCGGCGCUCGUGAUCCUGCUCCUCGGUAUCAUGAUGAGCUCUCAUACGCAGCAGUCCAUGGUCUCAAGCAUGGUCCAUAAGCAAUGGGGCAACCUUCUGACCGGCGCGGCGUUUGCCCGGGGGUUCACCUACGUACUGUUGUACCUGAAGCCUCCGCGCUCAAUCCUGCCGUCCCGGCCGCCUACGGAGCUCUUGACAGCUUUCGGCCUGAUCGCGGGAGGCACGAUAUUCAUGGCCAGCUCGAGUGACACCGUGGAUGGAAUGAUACAUUAUGACCUGGAUGCCAUGUUCUUCUACACAGUUACGAUGGGAUUUGUCGCUCUCAUCAUGGCCUGGGUCGUGCUCCUUCUGGCCCUUAAAGGCUGGGCCGUCCGCAAGGAGUCGGCCCGGUCUCUGAAAUCCUGGGCCUUGGCCUCUAGGGUCUAAGGUGGGAGCUCGUGCAUUCUGGUUGGCGAGUUUGGGGAGGGAACGAACGACAGAGUAGCGUUCCGGGCGGAUGAGGAGGAACCAAAUGGCCCAGUGGCCGUUCGCAAUAUACCCAAGACGCUCUCCUCUUAUGUUUUUAUGCUUUCCCCCCUCCCCUUGCUUUCUAGACUUUCAUUAUCGUCAAAGAUACCCCUUGAGAGGACGGAGAGACGAGACAGCUUGCCGGUGGUCCCCGUGGUCGACGUAUCGACAUAUGGGCCAGGCAACUAUGUAGAUGGAUAG